AGAGGUAGUGAUUGUACAACAUUAUGAAUGUACCACUGAAUUAUUCACCUUAAAAUGACUAAUUUUAUGUUAAGUGAAUUUCACCUCAGAAUUGUGUUGAUUUCUUUGAACACAACGAGAAUGGGUUGGAACAAUAACUCAAUUGCUACUACUAAGAUCUGUAUGGUAUUCUAAUUUGUACAAAAACUAGAAAUCCAGAAUCUUCUGUUGGGAAGGUCCCAUACUUCCCUGGUAUAGUACUCAUGUAAGUAGUGCAAGGUACUCAUGUCCUCAUGUUCAGAUCAGGAAAACCUCUAGGUGGGGCUUUCCCCUUUAAGACUCAGAGACUGAAAUAAUCUGGUAGCUAAGGAGUCAUAAUGGCAAGGAGUCAUUUCUUGGGUAAUUCUCCUUAGAAAUGUAGUUAUUACCCUCCAGGACCAGAAGUAUGGAGGAGUAGGGCCAAUCUUCUCUGUUUGGUGAUACAUGAAAUGGUGGCUUGAAAAUGGACCUGCUAGAGGACCUUGCGUCCCUGCAGUUUGACUGUGGGAUUUCAGAGGAAGAAAGUUUCUUGCUGUAUUUGCAGGGCCGUUAUCGAGGACUGAUGAUCAAUGCCUGUGCCCAUGCAACCUUCUUCUGCAAACUAUUAUGCAAUUUGAGAAAAUUAUUACAUGAGAAACAAAGUUCCAGAUAUCGCUCAGUUGGAUCACUUCAUUUAACCACUCCUGACAAUAACAAGUUAAAGGUGGGCAUCAUUGGAGGUGGCCACCUUGGGAAGCAGCUGGCUCUCACACUACUGCAGCUUGUCCCCAUCCCUGCUGAGAGCCUGCGGAUCUCCACUAGGAGGCCAGAGGCCCUGGAGGAGUUCCAGAAACUGGGGAUCCAGUGCUUUUACCAUAACUCUAAUCUCGCGAGUUGGGCCAACGUGAUAUUCCUCUGCUGUUUGCCAUCUCAGCUGUCCCAUAUCUGCUUAGAAAUUCAAACCAGCCUUGAGAAGACCUGCGUUGUGUACAGCUUUGUAGCUGCCGUCCCACUGCCCAGGUUGAAACUACUACUGAAUCACACCAAUAUCUUGCGACCUCAGUAUGAGUGUGUUGAAGACUAUGUCAACAUCUGGGGGGCCAAUAAGGAAGUUGCAGCUGCUCUCCAAGAUCCUGUGAUUCUUGAGGCUACCUGCCCCUACAUUCCUGCUGGGGGAAUAACCCUCAAUAUGAAGUGGUUGGAAGGAGUGUGCUAUGCAGCCCUAAACAUGUGCACGGCAAGAAAGUUGGCCAACCCACAAGCACUGCUGCUUCUGAAUGAACUGUUUCUCUCUGUGCAUUUCAAAUACUGUAAGAAAAACACAGCAUCUUGCCCAAAGUUUCAGCCAACAGAUUUUGUCAACAAAAUCUAUGUCAAGAGCUUGUCUCGGAACAGGUCUUUCCCUUGGUUUGAUCUGACUAUUGCGCAACUCAAGAAAACUCCCUUUAGCCAGUGUCUCUCAACCAGUACUGUUCUUCAACGCCACCUUACGUAUCUAUACUGUGAUUUAUUUGGCAUCUCCCUGACCAAAGAACAGCCAGUGGUUUCUACAGGCUCUCUAUCCCAAUAAAAGAACUCAGUAAAUCAGGAUAUUUUUUUCCCCUCACAGAUUUUCUCUAUAAUGGUUGUGCCCUGAUUAUCAUAAUUGACAGUAGGGUUGUGAUUGUAUUGUGUUUGCCACAUGUUAGGCACUAGGAAUUAGAAAACCGUACUGAUGGCUUUUCAAACUGGAGAAUAAAAUAAGUGGUCCUAUAUAUCAAUAUGUGUCUGGCUGUCAAAGGCAACCAAUGAAACUACACAACUUAACACACUUAAGGAAGCUGCUUUCCCAGAAAUACAAAUUAUUUCUCUUCUAAAAGCUAAAUUCAAGAAGUUUUAAUGUCAUUAUUAGACAAUUACAUAAUGUAGCUUCUUUUCUAAUCAAUCAUAUUCCAAAUUGAUUGGCAAACUCCAAUCAAUUUUCCAGCAGUAUGUGGCUGGCAAAUGAUACAGCUUGAUUUUC